GUGUCUUUCACACGGCAAUGGAGAACUCGCAAGCAGCACUUCUGACGCUGGGGCUCCUGCUGUUUCUAAAAGGUUGUUCAGCUUUGGAACUAAAACCUGUCACAGACCCUGUAAUCAGCGAGGUUGGAGGCAAUGUACAGCUGCAGAUUAAACCCCCUGGAGUUCUAGCUGCAGUGAACUGGUUUUUUAGCCCUGCAGUGAUCCCUGUGGCGUCAUGGUCUGGAUCAGCCCCAGUCAUAUUCCCGGGAUAUGUGAACAGAGUCACCCUGAACACAGCUACAGGGUCACUGGAGCUCAGAUCAGUGCAGCUCAAUGACACUGGAGUGUAUGCAUUUCAGGGCAAUACCGUUGUAUCAGGAACUGUAGAACCAAUCAAUGGAAAUGUUAACUUGGGAGUCUAUGAGCCAAUAACUAAUGUAAAUGUGAAACCAAGCCUUGCACAGCCAAUAGCAAACCAGGCUCUAAACUUGACCUGUGAGGUGCUUGGAUCACAGACUGUUUCCUCAAGGCUCUGGCUGAAGGACGGUCAGCCCUUGUCCACUAGUGACAGAAUAACAUUGUCUGUGGACAACAGCACAGUCUCCUUCAACCCAGUGCUGCAGUCUGAUAAAGGCACAUAUCAGUGUAAAGCUGAGAACCCUGUAAGUGGAGUGACGAGUGCUGGAUACAGAUUGGAGGUCAAUUAUAAAGAAGAGCCCACAGGUUCGGGGUCCUUGUCUUCAGGAGAGAUCGCUGGAAUUGUCAUGGGCACACUUGCAGGGGUCACUGCCGUUGCUCUUGGGGUGUAUUUAAGUGUUAAACUAUGCAGGAACAAUCCACAUGAUCUCAAACCUGGUCCAGCUCAAAGCAGUCCAGGUGCUGUCACUUAUGAAAAUUGCAAGGUUCCGAAUGCAUCAGCAGUGUAUGAGAACACCAGUGCUGUCCAGAGAGCAGGCGAAGCAAAAAACCCGGACAGCACAUACACAGGCUUACAGUUUCCUGAUCAGUCCACAUACAGCACCUUGAACAGAGCUUGAUUCAGGAAACAACCCAACAGCAGCACAGCCUGUGACUUGAAGAGUAUUUUUGAAAGUUUUUAUUUUCAAUAUUUUUGUUUUCUGCACC